CUUCUGCAAAGCAGGAGAGGCUUUGGCUGGCAGCAGCAGUGUUAGCACUUUUGAUGGUGCUUUACAGUAUUUUUAGCCCUCCUGAUAUUAGCAAGGUGCAAAAAAACAACCCCAAAGCCCCCAGUCGUGGUUUGGGAUCUGUAUAAAAGGCACAGGGGCUGCAGGCAGCCAGCAGCCUCUCCUGAGCAGCAGGGAGCCACGGCUGGGUCACCAGCAGACCUCUGUGGUUUCUUCACCCCUUUAGCACUGCUCAGAUGAAAAGCAGCUAUGAGAGAGGCAAGUCGUCCAAAUCCCAGACUAUCAAAGCAAACGAGCCGAUUCCCUCCCAUCGCUCCAGGAACGGCAACCACCAUGACAAACAACCCACCCAAAGUACAUCAAGAGUGGCCCUUCCCAGGAGCCAGGGAGAAAAUGCAAUGCCAUCUUGGGUAGGAAACAACUUGCCUGUCUGGAAGGAAUCUCAGAUGUCAGAUGUCUGUAAUGGCAACUUUCCCCUGGGACACGUUUCUGAAGAGAUCAGCUGCAGAACCUCAGAGAAACUCCCUCGCCAAGUCAUCAACAUGAGCAGCAACGAGGAAGAGGUGCUAAAGAAAGUCUCAGCUACACAAAAAGUAAAAGGUGAGCCCAAGGAUUCCCCCUCUAAGGCAGUUUUCACGUUUUGGGCCAACAAAGUUAACAACAGCAGCAAAACAACUGCCUUCCAAGAGCUACUGCAGAAGUCGUCUGUGAAUGGGGGAAGCUGCGCUCCAGCUCUUCUUGAGGAAGGGAUUAGCAAGUUGGAAGAAGGGAAGCAGGCUAAAAAUCCGCAGAGAAAGACCAGGAGAGAUCUCUUCUCUGACUCAAAGGUUUUCAGCCAUGUUGAUAGCCAUGUCCUACAUGUGAGCCAGCAGCUGAAGCCUGGGCAUGCUGGGUUGUCUGUCCAGGCCAUUGUUCCUCUCAUCACUGCCAAAUCCCACAGCAAACUGGAGACAGUGCGGGCGAUAUGGUUCUGGCUCUGCCACAACGUUGAAUACGAUGUGGAUGGCUUCCUGGGGCUGUCUCAGAAGAUCCACAUGCCAGAGCAGGUCCUGCAAACGGGAAGAGCUGUGUGUUCUGGUUAUGCCCAUCUAUGCCAGGAAAUGUGCAGGGAGGCAGGUUUGAGCUGCGUGGAGGUCCCAGGCUUUGGCCGGGGGCUGGGCUCCCGUGGAGGCCAGUGGUGCCACCAGCAGAAGAGCAGCCACAUGUGGAAUGCAGUGGAGCUGGAAGGACAGUGGUGCCUGCUGGAUGCUUGCUGGGGUGCAGGGACCGUGGAUGAAGAGAGAAGGUUGUUCAUGCCCAGGCACGAUGACUUUUUCUUCCUUACUGACCCUGAGCACUUCAUUGAGACCCACUGGCCAGAAGAGCCCCACUGGCAGCUCCUGCAGCCCCCCAUCCUGAGGGAAGACUUCGAGCAGAGAGUUUUUAAAACUUCAGAGUUUUUCAGGCUUCAGCUCUCCCUCCUUUCUCCAGACACUUCCCUCCUCAAGACAGCCCAUGGGGAGGUGUCAGUGAUGCUGGGAAGCACCCACCCCACAGAGUUCACCUACCAGCUCUCCAGGCUUCAGGGCAGCACGGAUGGAGAGGAUGUGGGUGCAGUUCAUGGGAUGACAACGGUGUCCAAGAACAACGUGACCAUCAAGGUGACUCCUCCGACCGAGGGCCUGUUCCACCUCAUGAUCUUCGCCCGCCACGCCGACUCUCAGGACCCUUUCCACUGGGUGUGCUCCUAUCAGAUCCAAUGCCUGGAGACACACAAAGGAGAGGAACUGCCCCAAAACCCUUUUCAUUUCUGGGGCCUUCACCAAAAGGCGAGAGAUUUUGGCAUCAAGGAGAGCAGCCACAAAGGAGAGCUGCUUGUUGCUCCACAGGGAGCUUUGUUCUUGACUCUCCACACAUCCCGACCCUUGCUUGCCAUGUAUGAGCUGGUUAAUAAAGACUUAGACACUGCUAUGAGUAAGAAAUGCCUGGUGGCCCAAGCUGAGGAGGAGCAACUGAGUUGCCACGUGCUCUGCCCUAUCCUGGGUUACUACCGGCUCUCCGUGUUUGUGAAGGAUUUGGGAGGCCCCACAUUCCACAACGUGGCCAACUUCCUCGUUCAUUGUUUGAAGCCCAUCAACCAGAACGAGCUCUUCCCCUCGGGGCUGAGCAUACACUGCGGGAGCGGGGUCAGCUGCAGCAGCCACGGCCUCUCCCAGCCCAGCCACUCUUCCCCCAUCAUCACCACCAACCUGGGCAAGUGCAACAUCACCUUCCACGCCCCCGCCGACCUGGAGGUGACCGCCAGCUUGAGUAAAGACAAAGCCACCAGCAACAAGUACCCGCUGGAGAGGUACGUGCUGGUCACUCACCUGAGGGCUAAAGUCAGCGUGUGUGUGGUGCUCCCCGAGUCAGGCACCUACAAAGUGGGGCUUUUUGGGAGAAGCAAAGACCAGAAGGACUUUGUCCAUAUUUGUGACUAUGUCAUACGCUGCCUCUCCGAGCCCAGCUGGCCGCCUUUCCCCAGGGUGUACAGCCUGUGGGGCAGAGGCUGUGUGCUGCUCCAGCCACGCACGGGGAUGCUCCAGGAGCAGAGCUGGGUGCGCUUCAGGGUGAAGGUGCCGAAGGCUUACGAAGCCGUCGUCCUGGCAGGAGGGAAGACGCCGCUGCAGCAGACCCCAAACGCUGUCUGGGAAGGGGAUGUGUUCACCGGGGCUGUGGGGACACAGGUCAAGCUGGCAGCAAGGUUCAGCCAGGGUUGCUCCUCCCUGGAGGUCAUGCUGGUGUUUGAGGUGGGGGGAUGCUCACCCACCUGCCUGGGCUGCUUGGGAUAAACCAAGUGGCUGGAUGAGAAGGAUUAAAAAAGCCAGGGAAGGAAACAAAAGCUGUCAAAGCUGGAGGAUGCUGAGGAGACGUGGAGGAAACUCCCAGAACUUUACAGCAUGUCAGGGGGAGCGGGGGGAGUCUGGGUGUUACCCACAGAGCUUCUCUUCCCACAGGAUACCCAGAUACUUGCUGAGGCCUCCUGUCCCAUUCUGAGACGUUGCCGCUGUUUAAAUCAGCACCAACAUAUGGAACUCUCCUAAUAUUUUGCUUCUGUCAAGAGGAAACCAUUGUUCAGCUGCUCUCCAGGAAGGAUGUCUCACUGCUUAUUACCAGCUUGGAUGAUUGUUAGCAGCAUUUUAUUUGACAUCUAUUCAAGAACUGGGAACCCACAUGGUUUCUUUCUCUCCAGAGGAUAACAACAACAACAAUAACAACAACAAAAAUGCCCCAAACAAACAAACAAAAAGCCCAAACUGGAGCCAACAGCUUCAAAAGGCAGCAAGGGGGUUUGAAUGUAAAUAGAUGGUAAAGCAAGACCUCCUCACAGAGAGACUCUGUGCUUGGGAAGAGGAAAGGGGGAAAGAAGUCAAGAGAUGCUGUAUUUUAUCAUCCAUGUCUUUGAAAUACCUCCCAGGGGUUUUAUCAUCAAGGGUGACAUGUAGAUACACACUUAAGAGCAUUGAGAGCUUUAAAGAAAGGGAGGGAAGCCAGCAAGGAGGUGGCUCUGUAGCCAAAGCAUCUAAUCUCAGAGCAGAAAGCACAGGAGACUCCACUCUCAAGCUCUGACACACUGUGCAAGGCACCACAAACACAGACUCACUGAAACUUGAUUUUCCUUCUUUGAUGGAAGCCCACAGGCUAGAAGAAACACACUGGAGACACUUCUCCAUGCCUGCACUGGACUGACUGGUGCUUGAAAUGGGGAGCAAGAAUCCACUGGAUUUUUGGCUGCUGUGCUAAAGGUGGUGAGGGAACACAACCCUGGCAAUUGAAAUCUGACUGGGAGCAAAAGUACAAGUAGGUUUGAAGCUUUUCUGGGCCUGAUAGUUAGUGCAACUGAUGUUGGAUCACAUUCCACACUAAACUUGCUGGAACCACGUUGAUGGAGUGGAAGAUCCCCCUGCAGAACAAAGCACAAGGACUACUUUGAGUUAAGGGAAGCACAUGCAAUGGUAGACAUGGGCUAAACUCUUGCCUGUGGUGCUAGAAAGCAGUUCAACAAGUACAUAUCCCCAGAUCUUCUCCUCUGACCCACGUUCUGGCUUCUCUAUAUGGGGCCACCCUCUUGGAUGUGGUCCUCUUGGAUGAUAAGGUGACUCAGCUCCCUUGUGUGUCUUUCAGAAGAAACAUAGACUUGUUAAAGAACAUCUGCUUCCUAUGAGACUGAGCAGAUAACCCAUGGCCCAGCCCUAAAAGUCAGAGCCUGGCAAGCUGCUGGCAGUCAGUGUUGUCCUCCAAAUUGCCCAGGGAGGGUGUGGAGGCUCCUUCUCUGGAGGUCGUCAAAACCCACCUGGACACGUUGCUGUGUGACCUCCUCUAGGUGGAUCUGCUUUGGCAGGGAGGUUUGGACUGGGUGAUCUCUAAAGGUACCUUCCAACCCCACCAUUCUGUGAUUCUGUGAAAUUCCUCCCACCAGCUGAGGACCUUUGCAGGCACCUUCCAUGACCAACAGCUUUAUGACCAUGCUGUGUUCCCUGAGCAACGAGGAUGCUGCUGUGCAACUCCCCAGCCCUCCUUGGUGCUUCCUAACCUGUGCCUUGUCCACAGACAGCACAGGCAGGGAAAUUGUAUCUGCAAGCCCAGUAGGCUCCUACAGACUGUGAUUUGGCUCUUGUUUUGUGGAAACUUGACAAACAAGAAUGACUGACAAGUGAAAUGAGUCUCCAUCCCCACUGUCAUUUUCCUCUCCAUGUCCUUUUCCUUUCCAGUCAGUUUUGCUGUUAACUUCUCUCAGCUGUGCCUCCUUGGCCCUCUUGAGCCACUCCAAAUCUGCCUGUACACACAUGUUGUUAGCUGAAUCUGUCCCAUCUUUGCCCAAAUUUGAGCAGGCACGUUACAAUCACAUGCCUCCAGGCAAAACUCAGCUUCCAGCUCAGUGAUUAAUUUCUCUUUAUCCAUCAUAAUGAAGUCCAGAUUAGAGUUACCUUAAACUGGGGUCCAAACAACUUAGGUCAGAAUAUAAUUACCUGGAGGUGCUGAGAACUUUAAUGAUACUCCCAGAGGGGAUUUUAUUCCUUCAAGGAUCUGAAGUCGAUCUGCUCAUGUUUCCUCCCCGUGCACGCUCGGAUAUACCAUGUAACCCAUUUUAAAUGUCAUUCUUAUUUGGAUUUACAUACCUCAAACCCAGAGCUCUAGGAGCCUUCCCAACAAACACCAGCUCUCCAAAAAUAACAGCCCUGGGGCAAGCAUCACUCAUGAAAAAAACCACGAUAAGCAACAGAACAAACCUGUUUGUCUCUCCUCCUCUGCCCAGCAGGGAUAAAUUAGGUGGAAAAUAGAUUACAGCACAUACCUGCAGACACAUAAAACACACCUAGUGCUGGGCAAACUCGGUUCAAAAAGUCAUUAGGAGGCCUCCAGGCACACACGGAGCUAUGGACAGCCAGAAGCUGAACAGGACUGUGGUGGGUUGGUUCUGGUUGGGCACCAAGUGCCCACCAAAGCUGCUCCAUCACUGUCCUCCUCAGCUGGAAAGGGGAGAAAUACAACAAAAGGAGAUCAGGACAGGGACAUCACUCAACAAUUGUCAUCAUGGGCAAAACAGGUUCGGUUGGGGACAAAGAGUUUAACAUUACCAAUCAAUUCAGAGUAAGGUAAUGAGAAAUAAACCCCAAUCUUACAAACACUUUCCCCUUACCUCUCCCUUCUUCCUGAGCUUAACUUCAUCAGUCAUUUUCUCUCCCUCCUCCCCUCCAGCUGCACAGGACAGGGAACAGGGGCUGCAGUCAGUUCAUCACAUGUUGUUUCUGCUGCUCAUUCUUCCUCAGAGAAAGCACUCAUCACCCUCUUCCCUUGCUCCAAUGUUGGUCUUCUCCACAGGAGACAGCCCUCCACAAGCUUCUCCACUGUGAGUUUUCCCCACAGCUCCGCAGGAACUGCCUCAAUGUGGGUCCCUUCCAUGGGUUGCUGUCCCUCAGGAGUGAACUGCUCCAGUGGGAGUCCCUCACAGGGUCACAAGUCCCCGAUAGGAACCUGCUCUAGCCUGGGCUCCUCUCCCCAUGGGUUCCCAGGUCCUGCCAGGAACUUGCUCCAGGGUGAGCUUCCCACAGGGUCACAGCUUCCCUUGGGCAUCCAUCUGCUCCAGUGUGGGGUCCUCCAUGGGCUGUGGGUGGAUCUCUCCAUGGGCUGCAGGGGAACCUCUUCUCUGAGCCUGGAGCAUCUCCUCCCCUCCUUCUACACUCACCUUGGGGUCUGCAGAGAUGUUUUCUCUCACACAUUCUCACUCCUCUCUCUGGUUACAAUUAAUGUUCCACAGCAGGUUUUCCCCUUCUUAAACUCAUUAUCCCAGAGGUGCUGCCACUGUUGCCAAUUGGCCAUCAGCAGGUCUGUCUUGGCUUUAGCUCCAUCCUGGAGCCAUCUGGCUUUGGCUCCAUGGGGCACAAGGCAAGCUUCUAGCAGCAAGUUGCACUCACCUCCACGAGCCAUCUUGGUUGAGAGACUCCCUUACAACCAAAGCUAAAGCAAGUAAGGCCAGGAAGGGAUGAACAAGAAACCUGCCUAGUAAAAAUGACUCUUUCCCAAGUAUGGUAAGAGAACAACCACCAACUGGGCUGACCUUUUAUCUUCCUCUAUGCACCCAUCUGUGGUGUCCACCAGAUAUCACCAGCCCCCUUGGCUUUGCACAUUUCCAUGCAAACUGUGUUUUCCUUAGCAGCUUCUUCACUUCACUGCCAUUAAAACCUGAG